AUGAAGUGCUAUCACCUUUGUUUUAGCAUUCUUCUCUUCUGUUUUCUCGCGAGGGCACGGAAUGUAAUUACUGACUCUUACUUGGAUCAUUCCAAUUUUGAAAAGCACGAUGACGUCAAUGAAUACAAAGGAAACAUAGACAGAGAAGAAGACUAUGAAAACCAAGAUGAAGACGACUUUGGAGAAGACGAUAACUUAGAAGAAGACGACGACUCUGAAGAUGACGAUGACGAUGAAGAAGACGAUGACUUAGAAGAAGAC